AUGCCCCUGGACCCCGACUCCUCGUCGCCGGCGCCGGCGCCGCCGCACCGGGACUGGUUCUUCCCGCCGGCGCCGCCGUUCCUGGCCUCCUCCAGGACGCGGACCCCCAGGACGCCCUUCCCCUCCACCUACCGCUCCUCCAAUCCCUACUCAGCCUACUCCCUCGCCGACCGCCACCCGCCUCCUACCCCACGCUCCCGCUCCCGCUCUCCGCACCCACCGCCGGAGCAGCAGCAGCAGCUGCCGCUGCCGCCGUCGAUUCCUCCGUCCGCGCCGCGCCGCCGUGACCCCCGGUACGCCGGCGUCCGCCGCGAGGAUGUCCGUACGGCUGCCUCCGAGCAAGCGGCGCCCCCGACGUCCGCGCCGGUGCACGGGAGGAAGCUCGCGGCGUCGGCGAUCGCUCCGCGUUGGUCCGGGGUGCUCUCCGCGGCGGUUAUUUUACUGUGCCUGGCCUCCCUUCUCCGCAGGAACUUCUCGUUGCACGAUCAGGUUUACCAUCUGCAGGAGCAGCUGGCUGUAGCUACUGCAAAACUUCAGGCAUGCAUUGUAGACCCCUCACUGGAUACGAGCAGCAUUAAUCUGUUUUAUCAGGAUGCUAACAGUACCACGCAGAACAGAAGCCUUAAGAACCUUUCCCUGCUUAUCUCGCUUUCGGUACUAUACGCACCACUCCUCAUUCUCAACUUGUCUGAUUGUCUUUGGCUGUCCUGGACCUUCGUUGCUGACUCGGGGAACCAUGCCAAUGCUGAGGGUUUUGGACCCAAGCUGGUUUCGGUUUCAAUUAGUAUUGGUGGGAUGUUGGUUUUUGCUAUGAUGCUUGGUCUUGUCACUGAUUCAAUCUCUGAGAAGUUUGAUUCUUUGAGGAAAGGAAGAAGUGAAGUCAUAGAGCAGAGCCACACUCUAAUUCUUGGAUGGAGCGAUAAGCUGGGAUCUUUACUGAACCAAAUUGCCAUUGCUAAUGAAAGCUUGGGAGGUGGGACCAUUGUAGUGAUGGCUGAGAGAGACAAAGAGGAAAUGGAAGCAGACAUUGCUAAAAUGGAGUUUGACUUGAAAGGAACAGCUGUAAUAUGUAGAAGUGGAAGCCCUCUGAUACUCGCUGACUUGAAAAAGGUCUCAGUUUCAAAGGCACGAGCAAUUGUUGUUCUUGCCGAAGAAGGAAACGCUGACCAGAGUGAUGCACGGGCACUGCGAACAGUCUUGAGUUUGACUGGAGUUAAAGAGGGACUAAGUGGUCACAUAGUAGUUGAGCUUAGUGAUCUCGACAAUGAAGUUCUAGUCAAACUUGUUGGUGGAGAUCUUGUGGAAACGGUUGUCGCGCAUGAUGUUAUUGGACGAUUGAUGAUACAGUGUGCACGUCAGCCAGGCCUUGCUCAGAUAUGGGAAGACAUUCUUGGUUUUGAGAACUGUGAAUUCUACAUUAAGAGAUGGCCUAAGUUGGAUGGAAUGCGAUUUGAAGAUGUGCUGAUUAGCUUUCCUGAUGCUGUUCCAUGUGGCAUAAAAGUGGCAUCUUAUGGGGGCAAGAUUAUUUUAAACCCUGAUGAUUGUUAUGUUUUGCAAGAGGGUGAUGAGGUGAUAGUAAUUGCAGAGGAUGAUGAUACAUAUGCCCCAGCACCAUUGCCCAAGGUUAGGAGAGGGUAUCUGCCUAAAGAUUUUGUUGUUCCAAAGUCUCCAGAAAGAAUAUUGUUUUGUGGUUGGCGCCGUGAUAUAGAAGAUAUGAUAAUGGUACUUGAUGCUUUCCUUGCGCCAGGAUCAGAGUUGUGGAUGUUUAACGAUGUCCCUGAGGUUGACAGAGAAAGAAAGCUGAUUGAUGGAGGUCUGGACUUCAGUCGCCUCGAUAAUAUUACUUUGGUGCAUCGUGAAGGAAAUGCUGUUAUUCGCCGUCACCUGGAGAGCCUUCCUUUAGAAUCAUUCGAUUCUAUCCUGAUUUUGGCAGAUGAAUCUGUAGAAGAUUCAGCAAUCCAAGCUGACUCGAGGUCACUUGCAACGUUACUGCUGAUCAGAGAUAUUCAGGCAAAACGUCUUCCAUACAAGGAAUCAUUGGUUUCACAUGUUUCCCGAGGGACCUUUUCUGAAGGUUCUUGGAUAGGGGAGAUGCAACAAGCAUCUGACAAAUCUGUCAUAAUCAGUGAAAUUUUGGACCCCAGGACAAAAAAUUUGUUGUCAAUGUCAAAAAUUAGUGACUAUGUUCUUUCAAAUGAACUAGUGAGCAUGGCAUUGGCAAUGGUCGCAGAGGAUCGACAGAUAAAUAAUGUCUUGGAGGAGCUCUUCGCCGAACAGGGAAAUGAAAUGCAAAUACGACCUUCCGAUCUUUACCUUAGAGAAGAAGAGGAGUUAAAUUUCUUUGAGGUCAUUCUGCGAGCUAGACAGAGGAAAGAGAUUGUCAUUGGGUACCGUCUUGAGGCAGCUGAGCGUGCCAUAAUCAAUCCAACACACAAAGUUUCAAGGCGAAGGUGGUCACCCAAGGAUGUUUUUGUUGUUAUAUCCGAGAAAGAUUGA